UUUCAAAUUUACUAAAGAAGGUCAGAUUGUCAGAUAGGUCAGAUUGUCUUGUGUGAAAUGAAACUUCGACCUGUUCUGUUAGCUUUUAAGCAGCUUAAUCGUCAAAUUCACGGACGUACUCAAUUCCUUAUUCAACCUUGCAAGGCCGAGGUAACCAGAGGCUGUCACACCAAGUCAACCAGAGUAUUUGCAAGCAACAUGAGAGUGAAAGUAUUAUCAGCACUUGAUGACAAUUACAUGUAUUUGCUGAUUGAUGAAGAAUCAAAUACCGCUGCAAUUGUUGACCCAGUUAACCCAGAAAAGGUUGUUUCCGCAGUAAAAGAUGAAAAAGUUAACCUUACAACGGUUCUCACUACACAUCAUCACUGGGAUCAUGCCGGUGGAAACGAAGAGUUAUGUUCAAAGGUAACAGGGCUUAAAGUUUAUGGAGGAGAUCAAAGAAUUGGUGCUCUUACAAAUCAAGUGAAACAUGGCGAUAAUAUACAGGUUGGAAACCUGAAGAUAAAUUGUCUGUUCACGCCAUGUCACACUUCUGGCCAUAUCUGUUAUUUUGUAGAAGGAGAUGGGAAGGUGGCACCCAGUGUAUUCACAGGUGACACCCUCUUUGUCUCUGGUUGUGGUAGAUUCUUUGAAGGUACAGCUGAGCAGAUGCACCAUGCACUGAAUGAGGUCUUAGCGACCCUUCCACCGGCAACGACAGUGUACUGUGGCCACGAGUAUACAGUGAGCAAUCUGAAGUAUGCCCUUCAUGUUGAACCCGGAAACCAAGAUAUUAUCGAUAAGCUGGCAUGGGCAAAGAACCGACGUGAAAGUAACCUUUCAACCAUUCCUUCAACCAUUGAAGCGGAACUGAAGUGUAACCCUUUCAUGAGAGUCAAUGAGGCAGUGGUGCAACGUCAUACUAAAACAACAGAUCCUGUUGCCACCAUGGGGGCGCUGCGCAAAGAGAAAGAUGCAUUUCGCCCUAAGAUGUAGUCUGUGCUGAAGCUGUCCAAUGCGUUUGAUUCAACAUUCGGGCAGAAGAAGAAUGCCUGUAUGAAUACACACGAAGUCCGUUUGCAUGCUGAUUAAAGUUGGGGAAAUGAACAAGCGAAAGUCUUCUUAUUUGUGAGCAGCCCCCGUCAAAGAGCCAAGAGCAUUCGUGAUACAGUUCCAUGCGCAUACUCCUUGACUCAAAGACAGGGGGGUCGCUUCACUCAUUCGAAACUUUGUAUUGUCUCCUAACAAAGAAGUAGUUGCUGUUUCUCAUCUAUAGCAAGAAUAAGAAUCGAUUAUUUUUGUUCAAACUUAAUGUAUUUGCAUUGAUAAGGUGUAAGUAAGCAGCGAUUGGAUGAUACAAGUCAUACAUAGGCUGUAA